AUGAAUAACUCGUCUCAACUCAAACGCACACUGUUGCCCCGCCAUCUCACCCACGCCGGCACGUCGUAUCACGUGAGCGCACCUCCCCGUCGCCUCCAUCGGCCAGCAGACCUUGUGUGCCAGGGUACGCGACAUGGUACCGACAACUCGCAAAUGUCCAGCAGGGUUUGGUGGUCUGGAAACAUAAUCUUCGGUUUGCUUAAUCCCCUUGACUGUAUGCAUGGUUCCAGGUCUCAUCAAAGUGGUGAUCCCUGCGUAAUGAUCUGGACAAUCCCUGGUGCUCCAUCAGAGAGUCGACUGAAUGUCACCCAACGUCGAAGCCAGGAUGGAUAG